CCACACUUUCUGGAACAUUGGCAAGAAACACCUUCUGUUACGAAAUGGAUUCUGGUAAUUCAGCACCAAUUACCACGAGAUCUGAGAGGGGCAUUUGAGUGUAGCGAGUCAGAUCCCAGGCACUGAUCCUGUGGCAGUGUGGACAAACAAGAUGGAACUUUCCUAUCAAACCAUGAAAACGGCCAAUCAAGCCCGGGAAGCGGAGGUGUUGAGAGUGGAGGCCAGAAGAAGAAAGUUGCUUGUGUUGAUAUACCAUCAUCUCACUGAAGAGGGCUAUCUAGAUACUGCCAAUUCUUUAGACAAAGAGACCAGAUUUGGACUACGGCGUUUUGAAGUCUGUGACAAUGUGGAUUUGGAUACAGUCCUUAUGGAGUAUGAAAGCUUUUACUUCAUUAAGUUCCAGAAAUAUCCAAAGCUAACUAAGAAAAUACCAGAACAAGGAGAAAAGGGUGAGAGGAUGGCAAGAAGUUGUGGCAAAAAAAGGACCCCCUGCGGCGGAACCCUGUCUCUUCCCAGAAUAAACGCUGCCCACUGCUCCUCAGCCAGAAGUGGGCUUAAAAAGACAGAGUCAAAGGUCGCGGUCAAGGACUCGAGUAAAGUCCAUAACGAGAACGGCCAUUCCUCCGCUCCAGAAACAUCAGAGUUUGGCCUCAAUGUGUCUCCAGUCGUCAGGGACGGAGCAGGCGAGGGGAAUCACAUGAAGAAGCGUCAGGUCAUAGACUACCACAUGCUCAUCCAGGACGCCAUCAAGGGAGCGUCCAAUGACAUCCCAGCCAACAGCUCCUGUUACUAUGCCGACCCAACAGAGCGUCUUCUCAAACCCAUCGGCCUCAGUGGGAUGAAUGGAGAAAUGCGAGAGCUGGCUGCAGUCAUCAGCAGGGACAUCUAUUUACACAACCCCAACGUGCGCUGGGACGACAUUAUAGGGCUGGAGGCGGCUAAGCGAUUAGUCAAAGAGGCGGUCGUCUACCCUAUUAAGUAUCCUCAGUUGUUCACAGGCAUCUUGUCCCCAUGGAAAGGCUUGCUGUUGUAUGGACCUCCAGGCACAGGGAAGACCAUGCUGGCCAAAGCCGUGGCGACGGAAUGCAACACCACCUUCUUCAACAUCUCCGCCUCCAGCAUCGUGAGCAAAUGGAGAGGAGACUCUGAGAAGCUCGUGCGGGUUCUGUUUGAGCUGGCCCGGUUUCACGCUCCGUCCACCAUCUUCCUGGACGAGCUGGAGUCCGUCAUGAGUCAGAGAGGAGUGGGACAGGGGGGGGAGCACGAGGGCAGCCGGCGCAUGAAGACCGAGCUGCUGGUGCAGAUGGACGGCCUGGCGCGCUCCGACGACCUGGUGUUCGUGCUGGCGGCCUCCAACCUGCCCUGGGAGCUGGACCACGCUAUGCUGCGGCGUCUGGAGAAGAGGAUUCUGGUGGGUCUCCCGUGCGCACCGGCCCGGCAGGCCAUGAUCGGGCACUGGCUGCCCCCACUCAGUAACACCGGCGGAGUGGACCUGCGGACCGACCUCCAGUACGACACCCUGGCUCAGGAGACCCAGGGGUAUUCCGGCUCGGAUAUCAGACUCGUGUGCAAGGAAGCUGCCAUGAGACCGGUUCGGAAAAUCUUUGACGCUUUGGAGAACCACCAAGAAGGUGAGAUGUACAGCAUGUCUUGGUGCCAGCAUGUCUUGGUGCCAGCAUGUCUUAGGGCCAGCAUGUCUUGGUGCUAGCAUGUCUUGGUGCCAGCGUGUCUUGGUGCCAGCGUGUCUUGGUGCCAGCAUAUCUUGGUGCCAGCAUGUCUUGGUGCCAGCAUGUCUUGGUGCCCGCAUGUGACGGCAGAAACAGAAUCACUGCAAGGCGCUAGCCAAGUGUCCCCGUCACAGUACCUAAUACGGGUGGGAAUCGCUUGGCACCUCACGAUUCGAUUCCGAUUCAGAGGUCAACGAUUCGAUUCUA